AUGGAGUUCCCCCCGGAGCUGGAGUUGUCGGAGAAGCGCCCCCAGCUGAACUUCACAGAGCCUGCGCCACCUUCCCCCUCCACCUACUUCCUCGACCAGCUCCCGGCGCCCCACGUCGACAAUGGCAAGGACGAUCUCUCCUACAUCUCACACAUGCUAUUGGAGGAGGACACCAUCGACAGCUUUUUGUACCAAUACCCCAACCACCCUGCUGCAGUCCUCACCGCCGAGCAGCCCUUUAACCAGAUCCUCUCCACCGAGCAUGGCACCUCUGACGGCCUCACCACAUGGCCGUGCAACUCUGUCCAAAACACCCAGCUGCAGUUGUCGUCAGUAGUGGCCACACCUGAGUACUACUCGUAUUGCGACAUGAUUGCCUCCAAAAUGCUGCCUGGUGACAACAUGGACAGCACACAACACGUCGUCGGUCAGGAUGCAUCCUCCUUGUUGAUGAACAGCACGCAAGAGACGGCGGCGGCGGAGCCCAACAGAUUGUUGCCAGCAGCGAAGAGCAGCGACUGUUGCAUGGACGUGAUCAGCAUGGCAUUCUUCAAAGGCAUGGAGGAGGCCAACAAGUUGCUCCCACUCAAGGACAGCGAGACGACAUUGGCUCGUGGUAGGGGCUGGAAGAAGAGGCUUCAAGGCAAGGACGAUGAUGCAGACGUCAGCAUGGGCAGGAGCAGCAAGCAGAAGGUGGCGCAGACGCAAGCUGACUCAGAGGAGGAAGCCGCAGCACGCAAGAUGCUGGACCGGUUGAUGCUUAACGACGCUGCAAGCCAUGCUGCCGACGUGCAGCAGGAGCUAAUUAUUGGCCCCAUGGAGUUGGAGAAGCCACGAGGAAGGCGUGGCGCUGGCGCGAGCCAUACGGCAGUGGACCUGCACGCCUUGCUCAUCCGAUGCGCAGAGACUGUGGCCACCAACGACCAGCAGGGCGCAGCCGACCUGCUGCAGCGGAUCAGGCAUCACUCGUCACCGACAGGGGAUGGGACGCAGCGGCUUGCGCACUGCUUCGCCCAGGGACUGGAGGCACGGCUGAUGGGCAUUGGGAGCCAGAUGUACCAGUCGCUUGCGGCAAAGAGCGCAUCUGCUGCCGGCAUCCUCAAGGUCUACAAGUUGUACAUGGCCGCAUGCUCCAUUCUCCCGCUGAGAUUCCCCCUUACCAACAAGACCACCUACAAGGCUGUUGCAGGGAGGAAGAAGCUGCACGUUGUCCACUAUGGCUUAGGCCCUGGAUUCCAUUGGCCAGACUUGCUAUGUAUGCUGUCACACAGGGAGGGUGGCCCGCCCGAGGUAAGGCUCACCGGCAUUGACAACCCACUGCCAGGGUUCCAUCCGGGCCAGCUCAUUGAGGAGACAGGGCGCCGCCUCAGUGACUGUGCUCGCCAGUUUAGGGUCCCAUUCAAGUUCCAUGCUAUUGCAGCGAAAUCAGAAGCUGUCCGUGCUGAGGACCUGGACAUUGAUCCUGAAGAGGUGCUCGUCGUCAUCUCCCAUUUCCAUUUCAGGACCUUGAUGGAUGAGAGUGUCAUCAUCGACAGGCCAAACCCCAGAGACACAGUGCUCAAAAACAUCAAGAAGAUGAGGCCAAAAGUGUUCAUCCACGCCAUCCUCAAUGGAUCAUACAGCGGUGCUUUCUUUGUGUCAAGGUUCCGCGAGGCGCUCAACAAUUUUGCUGCGCUGUUUGACCUGAUAGACACCACUGUGCCCCAGGAAAACAAGAACAGGCUGCUGGUAGAGCAGGAAUUAGCACGAUGCGCCAUGAACAUCAUUGCCUGUGAGGGCGUGGAUAGGGUGGAGCGGCCUCACAACUAUAAGCAGUGGCACGUGCGGUGCGAGCAAGCAGGGCUGAGGCAACUGCCAUUGGAUCUGGACAUUGUUCAGGCGAGCAAAGACAAGGUGAAUAAGGAAUACCGCAAGUACUUCGUUAUCAAUGAGGAUCACGGGUGGCUCCUCAAGGGAUGGAAAGGGCGAGUGCUCUCUGCCAUCUCCACGUGGACGGCAGAGGAUGAUAGAUCUGACUUGGGAAAUGACCAGUGA